UGGGUAGCGCUAACGCCAUUCCGCGGUGCGUGCGUAGCUGAACGCAGUACACUUUGCCCCCUCCUGUCUGCAUCGACGUGCACGAUUCACCACUACGACAGAGCCAUGGCUACCUCCAUUACAGGAUCGUUCACGUACAACGCUACUGAAUCCUGGCUACCCCGUCGCGACCCGCGGUCCGAAGGCUGGCCUCUCACCGGAAGUCCCCUGCCUGUAGCUAUUAUCACGGUUGUGUACGUCUUCUUUGUGACGAGGUUUGGCCAACGCUGGAUGCGUCGCCGCAAGGCUUUUGACUUGAAGCCCUGCAUCCUGGCCUACAACUUUCUGACCACGCUGUUCAGCGCCUUCUUCGUGGUCUGCUUCGCCAAGCUGGCCUACUGGGACCUGGGCUACACCAUUCUGCAGGACCUGGACUUGGGCGUCACUCCAGCGAACCUCGAGAUCGUGCGCCUCUCCUGGUGGCUCUACAUGUUCAAGCUUGCCGAGCUGUCCGACACGGUGUUCUUUGUGCUCCGCAAGAAGAACCACCAGGUGAGCGGGCUCCACGUCGUUCACCACGUGCUCGUCUCGUGGAACAUGUGGCUGUCGGUGACCUACGGCUCGCAGUCGCACAGCAUGUUCGUCGUGUGCCUCAACUCGUUCGUGCACGUCUUCAUGUACGCCUACUACUUCCUCGCCGCGCUCGGACCAUCCGUCCGUCGGUUCCUGUGGUGGAAGAAGUACCUGACCAUGAUGCAGAUCGUGCAGUUCGUCCUGCUCUUCGCCCACGCUGUCGGGACGGUGCUCGCCACCGGCAACUACGUGCGCCUCUUCACCUGGCUCGAACUCGCCGAGGCCAUAUUGUUCUUCGUGUGGUUCGUCGCCUUCUACGACGACGCGUACAAGAGCAAGACGCAGUGAGUCCCUUCGUCAGGGACUCCUCACUUGGAUUGCAAUGACUCUUUUCUGGACCAUCUGCGGUAUUUGGGCGUGCAAAGUGGACUGACAACAAACUGUAAGCUUACGGUUCUUUUUAUUGCGCAGUGAACAUUACUCUUCAUGCUUUGUCGCGCUACCUGCCAUUGUUCAUAAGUAUUUGGUUUUUAACCAGCACAGGGCAUUCUACGUUUAACUGCGUAGACUUUUACAGGCUCAUUCAUUUUAAACUUCGUGGAAUCACCAUCAUGCGUACCGGAGUUCCCAAUUCAUCAGUGCUCUCCUGCAUUCUGUGGUACAUUUUUACCACCCCUCAGCUGGGUUACAUUUAUGUUCCCGUACAUCGUCACCUACCCUUCCUACUCUAUUCAACUACCUAGAAAAUGUUCAUUCUUCAUCUUCAUAACCCGACCUGUACCAUAUUCAUUCACUUUUACGUGGUAAGCAAAACUAACGGCCGCGUAAGUGCCGUACACUGGAACCAAAGACCAGGAGUUUUCGUAGAAAUUAGCCGCUCACAAUCCUGGACGCCAACGCCAAUUUGUGUGCCCAUGACAUUGACGCAAGCCGGCAGUUAGUUGUUUACCUACGCAUUGCAUUGCACUGAUAUACCCUUUUGGGAACAUUUUUCAUUGCAGCCAAGUUUGUCACAACGAAAUGUGGCAACUCAUUUUCUUAUUACUCUUAUUUGGCUUGUCACAACCACCUUUUAUGAAAAUAAAAUAUCGUGGUUCGUGUA